CCUAAUCUUGGACCUUGGGUUGCUAUCCCUCCCUGUCUUUUUGCAGCCGUUUAACAAAUAUUAAACACAUGGCUAUUAAUACUUUCCUUGCAUAAAAAAAGAACCCCAAAUCAGUUUCUUCCUCAAAGGGCUCUCCACGUUUCUCGGAUUUGCUCGCCGUCUCCCUUAGCUCCCAUCAGAAGGAAAAGAAAAACAGCUUAGUAUAACGAGAAAAGGAAUUCCCAAAUCUUGUUGUCAAGAUGGUUUUAUCAAGGAUUGCCAAGAAUGGACUGAGAAGAUCAGGAAGCACAUUCAAUAAGCAUUCACACCAGAAGAAUCCAUAUCCCCAAGGAGCAUCAACAUAUAAAAGCUUCAUCCAAUCAUUCAACCCUGCCACUACAAAUGCCUAUGUCUUGAACCUUCCUCACAUUCAAAGAGUGAACCCCAUGACUUUUUGGAGCAGGGGAAUAAGUACAACGCCACAGCGUCAAUUUCCUUCUGCUGAAAGGGUUGUAGAGGAAUCUGAUUUAGAGUGUGAUGAGCCAUCUUUUUGGCCUGGACUAGAAGCAACCAAGCCAGGGGAAAAGCCAAGGGUGGUCGUUCUUGGCACUGGCUGGGCUUCUUGCCGUUUCCUCAAGGGACUUGAUACAAAGGUUUAUGAUGUUGUUUGCAUAUCACCGAGGAAUCACAUGGUAUUUACUCCUCUUUUGGCUUCAACUUGUGUUGGAACAUUGGAAUUUCGCUCUGUUGCUGAGCCUAUCAGUAUGAUACAAACUGCAUUGGCAAAGGAUCCCAAUUCUUACUUUUAUCUGGCUUCUUGCACUGGCGUUGAUACAAAUAAACACGAGGUGUUCUGUGAGACUGUUAACCAUGGUGAACUCCCCCAUGAGCCUUACCAAUUUAGAGUGGCUUAUGAUAAGCUUGUGAUUGCUGUUGGAGCUGAGCCCUUGACCUUUGGCAUCAAGGGAGUGAAAGAACACGCCUUUUUCCUCCGUGAAGUAAACCAUGCUCAAGAAAUACGGAAAAAGCUUCUUUUAAAUCUAAUGCUCUCUGAAAAACCAGGUAUAUCAGACGAAGAAAAGAAACGCCUUCUUCAUUGCGUGGUGAUCGGAGGCGGACCAACAGGCGUCGAGUUUAGCGGCGAAUUGAGCGACUUCAUUAUAAGGGAUGUUCGAGAUCGUUAUGCUCAUAUUAAAGACGACAUUAAAGUUACACUAAUUGAGGCAAAUGAGAUUCUGUCUUCUUUUGACUUCGGGCUGCAAACAUACGCAACAAAGCACUUGACCAAGUGUGGCGUUCGCCUGAUGCGAGGUGUUGUAAAGGAAGUGCUUCCUGAGAAGAUAGUUCUCAGUGAUGGCACUGAUGUUCCAUAUGGGCUCUUGGUAUGGUCUACGGGCGUUGGUCCCUCUGAAUUUGUGAAAUCACUCGAUCUUCCAAAGGCCCCUGGCGGAAGGAUUGGCGUGGAUGGAUGGAUGCGAGUUCCAUCAGUGGAAGAUGUUUUUGCAGUUGGGGAUUGCGCUGGUUUUCUUGAACAAACAGGAAAACCAGUUCUUCCUGCUCUAGCUCAGGUUGCAGAAAGGGAAGGAAAGUAUCUUGUAGAACUGUUCGACAGAAUUGGAAAACAGAACGGAGGCAAGGCUUGGAGUGCAAAGGACAUGUCUUUGGGUGACCCUUUUGUGUAUAAGCAUCUGGGAAGCAUGGCAACAGUCGGGCGUUACAAGGCUCUUGUCGAUCUACGCCAGUCCAAGGAUGCAAGAGGCAUAUCACUUGCAGGCUUCCUGAGUUGGUUCAUAUGGCGAUCUGCAUAUCUCACUCGUGUAAUCAGCUGGAGAAACAGGUUUUAUGUGGCUGUCAAUUGGGCUACCACUCUUGUUUUCGGCAGAGACAACUCCCGGAUUGGUUAAACCCAACAAAAUUUAGAGUUUUUUCUUUUCUUUUACUCAUGUUCUUGAAUUCUUUCAGUUUUGGAGAAAAGUUGAAAAGGCAAUAAACUGAUGUUGUUGAUAUCAC